CAAUCCUUCUUGGUGCGACCUCCUCCACAAUCUCCUCCUGAAUUUGAUCUAUAAAAGCGCAGACGGGAGAAGGCUGCGCAGAAGAUUCAGAAGUUCUGCAUUCGAGACGCAUUCAACCAGAAGUCUUUCAUCUUCCACCAUGGGCUCGUCAAACGGCGCGGGACUUUGUUUGAUACUUGUACUAGUUUUUAUGUGCGAGGCAUCUGAAGACCAACAGCCUCGCCAAAGGCCAAUGAUUUACGAUAAAGAUGGUCUUCAGCGAGAGGCGACACCUGAAGAAUUGGAGUUAAUGGUACAGAGACCAAUCAUGCCUGACAUUUCAGAUUUGAUUAAAUUGAUGGCCUCUUCAGAGACAGAUAUGAGCCAGACAGAGAACACAAACUUUCACCCCGUGGACAUCCCAAGAGCUCCCCCACGGUUUGGCCCUCGCUUCAUGAGACCCAACACGGGGCCAGAGAUUCAUUUCCCACCAGCCUUUCCCAGUAUCAGCAAUCUUGAAGAUAUCUGUGAGUUUAGUAAAGCUUCGGUCCGAUACCCUGAGGACAUAUUUCCCCCAAGUGGCUUUGGUAGUGAGCAUCGGCAGGCUGAUGCUGUGAAUCGACUCCAGGGCUGGUACGGCGUGUGCUGUGGCAUUGAUGGAUCAGAGGCAGAGAAGAUCUGUUGUGCUGAACAAGCGUGGAGAAAGACCCUGUCUGCUUUCUGCAAUGAAGAAUUUUCUAUAAAGACGGUUGCAGAUGUCUGCUGCCAGAAGAAGGGGAAGGCCAGAUGGAGCUGUUUUGAUAAGGAGGCUUCAGCUACUUCAUAUGACAUUCCCAUCCCUGACUUGAAUGUCAACAAUCCACGCAAAGUCCAAGGCUUCAGAUAUAAACCCAGUUCUUGCAAAGGGUAGGCUUCCCCCGGAGCACCUAAAGAGUGUCUUUGGUUAAAAACAAAAAUUAAUUUUUGGUUAUUGUUCAAACAUUUGUAAAACACAUAUGUAACACUGUCAGGCUAGAUUACGAGCAUCAAAGUUUGAUUUCAGUCAUUACUCUCAUUGUGAUUUCAAUCUUUGACUUGAUCUUACUCAAUCAACAUGUUAGGUUAUAUUUUUACCUAAUGUUCUUUACAUUAUAUAGGAUGAUUUUAUGUAGAAAACAGUAAAUGUAAAGAAAAAAAAUUUUUUUUUAGAUCAAGUUAUCAGCAGUACAGUAAGAUGUUUAGAAUGCUGGCAUUUGUUUUAUUGCAUUUAUUUGUGUAAGUCAUCAUUUCAUUGAUGUCCCCUCCAUAUGUAGAGACGUAAACUACAAGAAGUUUACUUUUAUGUACUUAUAUAUUCUGUUGUUUUCUCCAUAAUGCCAUUAAGAACUGUUUAAUAAUUAUAUCCACAUAAGCACAUAUAGGGUGAAUUGCCCUAAAGUAGGACACACAUUUUUUUUAAUGUGGGACACCUAAGGUCUAACAUGACCUCUCAAAUGCCAGUCAUAUGUGAUUGUGGAACAAUCGUCAAAUAGUAAGCACAUUUCACAGAAGUCUGAAAUUCAAAAAGUGUAAUUUUUUCAAUAAAGAAUUUAAUACA